AAUGUUUUCUUUCUAAAAUUACUUCGAACUUAAACAAAAAUAAAUAAAUUCGUUUUGUAUUUAUAUAAAUGAUAUGCUGUUUAUUAAUUAUGCAUCAAUGAGUUAGCUUCGUUGAGAGAUUUUAUAAAUCAGCGGUGUCGAUGUUUAGAAUUUAAUGAUUUUGUAAACAAACAAACCUUGAGUUCGCUCAAAAAAUGUAAAUUAUAAAGGAAUUUAACCUUGCCAGUGACGAGCAAUUAGUGAAAUAGCCAUGGGUACGUGUACUAAUGGAGUAAUGAAGCAAGCGAUUCUUCUAACGGGUGGAGCGGGCUACGUAGGCUCCCACACCGUAGCGGCCUUACUCGAAGACCCGGUGAAAAGCGAACAAUACGACAUAGUAGUCAUAGACAAUCUAGUCAACGCUUACAGAGCGCCCGGGCAGAAGAAGCCAGAACCUCUGAGGAUUAUAGAGGAGUUGACUGGCAAGAGUGUGAUCUUCUAUGAUGUUAAUAUAGCAGAUGGCGCGAAGUUGCAGGAGGUUUUUGAUAAGCACAGCGUGCACUGCGUGAUCCACUUCGCGGCGUUGAAGGCGGUGGGCGAGUCGGUGGAGAAGCCGCUGGAGUACUACCAGAACAACAUCACUGGGACUUGCACGCUGCUUGAUACGAUGCGCAAAAACAACGUCUACAACCUGAUCUUCAGUUCCUCCUGUACCGUCUACGGAGACCCGGAGCGCCUUCCACUGGACGAGUCUCACGCGACCGGCCGCGGCCUGUCCAGCCCCUAUGCACGCACCAAACACUACUGCGAGACUAUUUGUGAGGACCUGGCUGUUAGCGAUAAGAAGUGGAGUGUAAUAUCGCUGCGCUACUUCAACCCGGUGGGCGCGCACGAGAGCGGCCGCAUCGGCGAGGACCCCGCCGGGAUCCCCAACAACCUCAUGCCGUAUAUUGCCCAGGUAGCAGUAGGCCGUCUCCCCUCCCUCAAUGUCUUCGGCGGCGACUACCCCACGCCGGACGGGUCCGGAGUACGAGACUACAUCCACGUGGCGGACCUGGCCGCGGGGCACGCGCGCGCGCUGGCGCUGCUGCCGCGCCCCGGCUUCACCGCGGUUAAUUUAGGAACCGGCAACGGCUACUCAGUCCUGCAAAUGAUAGCGGCCUUCGAGAAAGCGAGCGGUCGCAAAAUCCCAUACAAAAUCGUCGGCCGUCGCGCCGGCGACAUCGCUGCCAACUAUGCAGACGUCUCACUCUCGCAUAAGCUACUCGGCUGGAGUGCGAAGAAGACGCUAGAUGACAUGUGCGCAGACACUUGGAGGUGGCAAAGCAAUAACCCUAAUGGGUUCAAGAAGUCUAGCUAGUUUAUGGUCGACGGUUGAAGUUGAAUAUGGAAGCUUUUGUCUUGUUGCGUAGUUGAUAGCUUGCAAUUUACAUCUUAGAUGGCAUUGUUAUAUGUAGAAA